CUCCUCUUCCCCAUUCCCUUCUCCUCGCUUGCUCCUCAUGGCGACUAUGGCCAUGGCCAUGGCCAUGCGCGUCUCCUCCUCCUCCUCCUCCUCCUCCCUCGCACUUCGCCCGCGCCCUCCCACGUCGUCCCCUCGCACGGCGACUCUCCCGAGCACUCGUCUCCGGCCACCGCCCGUGUCGGCCGCCUCCGCAGCUGCGGCGGCGGCGGCGGCGGCGCCGCCGCAGCCGGUGAAGUCGCCCACGGGCAUCGUCCUCGUCGACCGCUCCGAGGCCGAGAAGGUGCACCGCCUCAAGGCCGCGUAUCUCGAGAAGGUCGUCCCCCUCCUCAAGGAGGAGUUCUCCUACGCGAACAUCCACGAGGUGCCUAAGAUCGAGAAAAUAGUGGUGAAUUGUGGAAUGGGUGAUGCGGAGCAAAACUCCAAGGGUUUGGAAGCGGCGAUGAAGGAUUUGGCGAUGAUUACGGGGCAGAGGCCGGUGAAGACGAAGGCGAAGAAUUCCAUUGCGAGCUUCAAGCUCAGGGAAGGUGCCACCGUCGGCAUCGCCGUCACUCUUCGCGGUAAUAUAAUGUACUCGUUCCUCGAUAGGCUCAUAAAUCUCGGGCUCCCUCGGACGAGGGAUUUCCAAGGCGUGAACCCGAACAGUUUCGACGGCCAUGGGAACUACAGCAUCGGCCUCCGCGAUCAGAGCGUGUUUCCCGAGAUCAGGUACGAAGCCCUAGGUAAGCAAAGGGGAAUGGACGUCUGCAUUACCACCACCGCCAAGACUGAUAACGAGGCCCAGAAACUGCUCGCUCUUUUAGGCAUGCCGUUUAGAGAAGGCGGAGGGCCGACCGUGAUGGUGCGCAAGAAGAAGAGAAAGGCUGCUCAUUUCGAUUCCAAAUCUCGAGGAAGAAAGUGACACUUUAACUCGUUGCUGGCGAAAUGUUUCUUUUGAUCGCAUAGACAGGCGGAUCAGUAUUUUGCUUGUGUUGUUUAGCAAAUGACUAUUGUGUAUAACUUGCCUUCAUUCAAUCCGAGUUUUUUGUUGUAGCCAUGGUGCAAUACAAGAUGGGGAGUUGCAUACUUCAUGCUGCAUUAAAGUGAUGAAGUGAUUAGCAACAGUAUUAGUUGAUUCAUAAUUUUGUUUAAUCCACACUUUUAUUGUCA